GUAUAUAUGUGUACGUAUCUUCUUCAAUCUCCCCACACUUUCUUCUUCUCCCCCGAGGAAUACGAAUAUUCAGAAACGGUGAUGGAGGGUGUUUCCACGAUCAUGUACAAGCGUUUGAGAGGGUACCGGCAGAGGAGGGGCUAUGUCAAGCUAAACGGUGGUUCGAGAGGAGGAGCACGGCGGAGCAGAGUGGAGCUUGGCGGGGGCUCCUCGAGUCGGAGGCGGUUCUGGAAGAUAAGGGUCAAGGCGAAGGUGAGAUUACCUUCGCCGAAGAAGUUCUUUGUUUGGCUACGCAACGCGUACGUGAAGAUGAUGCUGGGAUUAGCCAACUCCAGGGCGGUUACCGGGUACGGCGGAGCCAUGGGGGAUCACGGGGUGUCGGCCUUCGGGAAGCAUCCGAUUAAAGAGUACGACGAGAAAAUGAUCUUCGAGAUCUACAAAUCGUUGGUGAUGUCGCAGGGUCAGCUGAUGCCGAGAGAAGUGGGGAAGCUCAGCUCCGCCGUUAUUUGUCAACGGUGAUAUAAGCAACGAAGUAGCUUAUGUAAAACCCAGCGGCGCGAAAGGAAUUAGUGCAUGAAUGUAAACUUGAUAAUUACUUAACUCGAUACUAAAAUUAUCAUCAAUAAUAAUUUCACAUAAAGUUUUUUUUUGUCC